AUGUUACGGAAAGCUAUGCUGGAGAUGAUCCUGAGAACUAGUGCUCACGAACCAGUUAAAAACCUAUCAAAGGAAAUACAAAAGCAGAUGAUGCGAAUAAUUGUGCUAGAGAAUGAGGAAAACGCCAUACUAGCCAUUAAAAUAGUCGUGGAUCAUAGUAAGAUUGCGCGCUCUCACCUGAUACCCGAGGUGUCUGUGAUGCUACAAAAUUUCAAGCAAUGGGUUAAAUGUAUGUGUGUCACUCUGUCAAGGCCACAUACCUUUGAUACGAUAGAUUUGACGCAUCCUUCAGUUCAACUACCAGAGGAAGCAAUGAUAGAAAAUUACCUUCAACAAUGCUACUAUACACAGUCUGCUCUACUGUACUCUCCAAAUGGAACCUUAGACACACUGGUGGCAUCAACGCUCAGUGGCGGAAGUCUUGCUGCUCAGCAAGGAUGCCACUGA